UCAUACAGGUGAAUCUGAGCUCCUGAAAGCACCAUGAAGACACUUGGCAUCUUGCUGUUUUUGGUUCUUCUUACACUGUGUACCGAGCUGCCAUCUGCAUCUGGUCAGAAUCCAGGUCCUCGUAACUGCCCACCAGACCCUUAUGUAUGCGUUCGGGCAGAGCCUAAUGAAUGUGAGGAUAACAGGAUUUGCCCUAAAACCAAGAUUUGCUGCCAAAAUCGAUGUGCAAAACGCUGUGUCGUCCCAGUGCGAGGGAAACCUGGACUCUGCCCGUAUGUUCCCAAAACGUGCCGUGCACGGUAUCCCCCUAAUAAAUGCAAUAAUGACUACAAUUGUGAAGAAGAAAAGAAGUGUUGUGAAGGCAGAUGCGGGAAAGAAUGUGUCCCACCAGUGUUUGUAUAAAUUCUUGCUUCAUGGAUGGACCCAGCAACAACAACGAUGCCCUACACUAAGAUGAUUUACCCAUGGACAUCCAUCCGCUCACUGCAUUUGAAAGAGGAAAAUCCAUCAGAAUGAUUCUUUGAUCUGGAUCUUUGGAAGUAAAAUAUCCAAUCUGAUCACCAAGAAGAAGUGCUCAUUUUUUUCAGAGGUGGUCUCUAAGCCUUGAUUUGGGUAGGGGAAGUGAUAAACCCUCCAUUUAAGUCUUCAGUGUCGUAGUAGAUAAACAUUGCCUGUCAAGCUCACUUUUAGGAUAACAUUCUGCUGAUGUACCAUAUAUAAAAAAAGGAAAUAAAUAAUCUAAUGUCCUAGCUAGAACCAAAACAGAGCUAUGCCUAGUGUGGCCAGAUACAAAGGGGGGCAGGCCUCCUGCAGCUUUAACUGUUGUGAUGAAGAGGAAAUUUCAUCAGGUGCUGCAUGCCUAUAAAUGACACCUGCUGAAAUUUCCUUUUCUAUACAAUUGUUAAAGCUACAAGAGCCUUGUCCUCCUUUUCAUAUGGUCACCCUAAAUAGUGAUAGCAGGUUCUUUGAUUAUAAUGACAAGUAUAGGUUUGGCUUUUCCCAUCCCAAUCUCACCUGUACAUGCGGUGGCCCAAAUUUGGGGCCCUAAAGCCAUUUGGUAGAUUUAGGGCAUAGGGCCACCUAGUGUAUGACAAAACUCUUUUGGACAAAAGGCAUACCAAACAUUUAAAAACCAGUUUUGACUUGUGGGGGUAGGGGGGAAAUCAGCUAUUUUAUUAAAAAGUAUACACCUCUGUAAGCAGACUUUCCUAUCCAAAAUUCAUUAUGGAAAUUCAAAACUGCAAUAAUCCAAGAGCUUUGCCUCUCCAAGACAAAAUAUUAAUCAUAGGCAAAGAUGCAAUCCUAUAUCCAUUUAUUUGUGAGUACGUCCCAUUGAAUUAUUUUCAUUCUUGUGCCUGUUUCUUCAAGGUGAAAUAUCUUUUUGUGAAAGGGAUUGGCGUUUUUGCAUGGGAAGGUUUUGGGUUGUAUUACAGUUUUAACUGUAUUAUUGGAUAUAGUUGGAGCGCCAUGAAUAUUUACCAAUAAAUGAUUUUAUCCAGCAGUUGUGAA